AUGGACGGGAUGUUAGGGGUCAAAGAGGAGCACGAGCUUCGUCAUCCAGCAGAUGUUGGAGCUCUUGGAUUUGGAGCAGUUUCCAACCAUCUUGCCAGAGGAGAUCCAGACCUGGGUGAGGAAGCUGUGGCUGUGGUUGAGGAUGUACAGAGUGCAUCUGGCCAGCAGGUCCCAGAUUCUGGGAAGGACUGGAAAGAGCUCAAUGAGGAGACAGCCCUGUUGGGAGUGCCCAGAAAGUCACUGAGAUCCCACCUGAAACGGGGGGUUGAUACAGAGGAAAGCACUUUGAAGGGGUCACGGAGCUCACAACACAGAGCAGGGGAACAGUCAGAAGAGAGGGCCCUCUGCAGGGGCAUCACUCAGAAGAACGAGAGAGAUCACACUCUGGGUAAGAAUGCCCAUUCCCUCAGAGCCAGACCGUCUGUGUUCCUCUCUCGAGAGAGAGACACACAGACUGGAAGACCCAAAAAGGACGAAACAGACAGCGGCAGCGGAGACUGCUGGGUGAGGGAAGGAGAGAAACCGGGAGAGUCUGAGAGCAGGCACGACACAGACUGCCAGAAAGGGAAAGCAAGACACCAGAGGUUCAGGACGGGGCGGCCAGCACGUGUGACAGCAGCAGGUGUGCCCUGGGGCGAUGAGGAGACCGAGACCCUCCUGGCCAUGCUCUGGGACGCUCAACUUCAUGAGGAACUCGGACUCGUCAGCACGGCCAGACCUACAGGGCCACAGCAGGACGUCUCCGGGAGCAGGGCAUUCUGCGGGCCCCAGAGCCGUCCCUUGACUCAUGGUGUGCUGGACUGA